AUGCCUUCCCAGGAGCAGGUUCCCCAGCAGCAGCAGCCCAUGGCUGCCACCAAACCCGCGGUCGAGGCUGCGCGCCCCAGCACCGAGCAGCCUCGCCCUGUCGAGCCCAUGUCUGUCGUCGGCCUUCGCGGUGGCCACAAUGGCGAGGGCGAGCGGAGCAAGCACCUAAAGUGUGACGGUCAAAAUCCCUGCGUCAGAUGUCGAAGUUCCGGCUCCGACUGCAUCUAUGUGGCUUCUCGCAGGGGCUACAAAGGCCCGCGCAAGAACCAACCGCAAAAUUCAAGCAAAUCCCGAGUCACGUCCCCUGCACCUCAAUCGAUCUCGGGUUCUGCUGAUGGGUCAAACGUUCCCAUCCUCAUCGACUCCGGUACAGGAGUCACUAGUGCCUUGGCCACCCAGAGACCGUCUUUCAGUGGCGCGGCCGGUGUCCCAUACGAAAUGGGCGCGUACCCCUUUGAUGACGUGCAACCGACCAACGCCGAUGUUCAGCUCUAUCGUUCUUAUUUUCCGGACAACCAUGCCGGAAUCUCCUCUACAAAGCAACAGAUCCCUCCAACUCUGCAAUCUUUUUCUCUCGCCGAUCGUUGUCUCGAUGCCUUCUUCUACCAUUUUCAUGCUUCGCACCCGUUUGUAUUACCCAAGCCAUUCCUGCUCACGCUCGUUGGAGACCCUUCUUUGGAGCCAGUGCUAGCAGCAGCCCGAUGGGUAGGCUCGCUGUUCAUCGAUGCCGGUGCUGCAAGGCAAGCUCUUUUUCAAGAAGCUUAUCAGAUCUUAUAUGAAUCUCAGAGACCAAAGGAUGGGUUUGUCGUUCAAGCAAUGAUGCUAUUGAUUGUGGCACUCGAUGGUUGUUGCGAGAACGAAAAGGCGAGGAAGAUUCUUAGAGACGCAGAGACCCUCGCAGUACAGAUUGGCUUAAACACUCGACCUUUUGCGACCCUUCACGGAAGAAGCCUUCCCGUCAUUGAAGAAAGUUGGAGGAGAACCUGGUGGGAUCUAUUCAUCAUUGAUGGUCUGAUUGCUGGUGUUCACCGCGUCACAAACUUUUUACUGUACGACGUCCCCACAGAUGUCCCGCUGCCAUGUGAAGAGGUACAGUUCUUGUCUGGAAACAUUCCCAAUCCCAUGACACUACCAGACUUGGAGAAUAUGGAAUUUUCCGGCGAUGACAGAGUCUUUUCUUCGUUUGCGUAUCGAGUACUAUGCGGCCGUAACCUUGGACGGUUUAUGCGAACCCCUCCAUUACAGGGUCCUGACGACGAAAAUAUUACUAGGAUCGAGGCGCUUCUCACAAACUGGCGACUACACCUUCCGCAAAACAAAAAGGACUCCCUGCAAAAGAAUGGCAUGUUGGAUGAGAUGAUGUUUCAGGCACAUAUGAUAAUGCAUGCGACCUCCAUCAUGCUGCAUCAACCGUUCUCCCAGCUCGACACGACACCAACACAGGGCAUCAUCUCAUGUGCACCAUACCAACCGGUAGCGACAGGAAGCAUGUUCAAUACUCACACGAAGCACACAAUAACCUCAGCAUGCGCUAUUAGCGAAUUAGUUACUCACAGGGUACCACUGCUAUCGCAUACACAGUUUUUUACCUGUGUGGUUACAUCAUCAUCAAUAGUCCAUUUGAGCAAGUGGGCAGUGUUCUUUGUGCCGCACGAUGAUGACGAUUUGCGUCAGCAAAUACGACUCAAUAUUGGAGCUUUAAAUCACCUUGCUACCGUUUGGGGUGCGGCGGAUCGAGCACGAAAUCAAGUCCGAGCGGUUGCUCGAGAUAUCUACCAACUUAAAAAGCAGCAGCAGAGCAACCCUCAGUACUGGAUAGGAUACUCACAACAGGACAUGCUAAACAGCAUGGCUGCAGACGAGACCAUCAUCACCGAAGUUGAGAACGCAGAAGGCUUACAGCACUCUCAGCAUGGGAUGGGCGGCGGCAUGCAAUGA